AGAGGAAGGCGUCGAUUGCGAAGGCGGUGGCGGUACCGCACGGUUCAUUCAUUUCUGUGAAGGAGGCAGCUUCGUCCAAUCUGCACGUCCUGGAAGGUUUUCUAUGCUCCGUCAGCUUAUCCACUGUAAUUUGACGUGAGUGGGAUCCCAUUGGCUUUCGUCCUGAGGCAACAUGGAUGUGAACUGCCUGCCGGACGAUGUUCUCUCAAAGGUCUUCUCGCUGCUGCCGCCCGUCAUGCUGCUGGACAGCGUCCCACUUGUUUGCAAGAGGUGGCACCAGCUCUCGAAGCAGCCAGACUCCUGGAGAAACUUCAAUCUCACCUUUCCAUCUGAUGCUUCAAAGAAGCAAUUGGGAGAGCUGUCAAGAUUUGCCAAAGCAGCACCAUAUAUAAAUUGCUUAGAUUUCUCUGAUAUAGAGGCAUUGAACCCGCAACUCUCUUCAAUUGUGUAUUCUUUAAUCAAUGAACAUAAGAUUAUCAAGAUUCUUCAUACAAUGGAGACAUCAACUAAGAAGAUGAGAGCGUUCAACAAAAGUAUGCUUCAGAAGUUUACUCCUUCUUUACGGGAAGUUUUCAUCCCUCUUGUAAGUCCCGAUAGUAUAUCAGAAGAAUAUCAUGCCAAUAUUAAUAAAAUGCUGACUCUUGUUUCGGAAAUUCCACAUUUACAAAGCCUUGGCUUUAAACGUAUUGCUGUUCAAGAAUUCAAGAACUAUAAGGGACAACUUGGUAAAGGUUGCCCUUCACUCAAAAAAUUUGUUCUGCAAAGCAGAUUCAAAGCCACAGGGGUAUGGAACUGUUUGAUCUUUGAUGUUUUGAAAAGCAAGAAAGACUUGUUACAAGAGAUUGACUUUGAGAUAGUGUGUGAACCAGUUGAAAAGUUUAUGGCUGCUGUAAGGGGUUGUCAUAAUGUAGAGACACUGAAAGUACCAAUUGGAAUCCUUCCAGUUGUAGAUCAUAUGAGUAAGCUACGAAGUCUUGGAUUGUACUUCACAUGGUUUUUUGAUUCAUUUGUAAUUACUCCACUACCAGAGUUGAUGAAGUUCAUAGAUGAGUCUCCAGUGAUUCAAAACAUUACAGAACUGACUCUCAGUUCUUCACAUCAUUGCCGUUGGUUGCCAGAAUAUAAUGCCGCAGUAAAUCAAUCCUUAGAAGCAUUGGCUAAGAGGAGUAAAGGAAUCCAAGUUUUCCGCAUUAAUAAUUUGCGUGUGAAAGAACGUGUUUUAAAUUUGUUCUUCUCCCAGAUGAAAAAUGUUCAUACCAUAAUCCUCCACAAAUGUUCUGAAUCAAUUUUAGGGAAUCACAUCAACAUAGACCCUAAAAAUAAGAAAUAUGUGAUAAUUGAAGACUUUAGAGUCAACUCAAAAUCAGCUCAAGAGGAGUUUGAGAAUAUUGUGCAAAAGCUGCAGUCAAGUCAACCGCAGCUUGUGAUGGUAUUUAGUUGUAGAAUAGUGGAUUAUGAUGAGAGCGACGAGAGUGGCAGCAGCGAUGAGUCUGAUGAUGACAGUAAUUUUGAUGAUUAUGAUUACUAUGAUGAUGAAUAUGAAUUCACUUACUUUGAUUACCUUCGUAAUAGAUAUGGAGAAGAUCUCUCUGACUCAGAACUGUAUGCAUUUAUGUCAUCUGAUGAGGACUGAUCAGUACAUGUUGUGUAUUCUUUCAAGAGUAAUUUAAAAAUUAUUUU